AUGAGUUGGGAUAAUAAUGUGAGUUGGGAUGAUGAUGGGAGUGGGGAUGAUGAUGUGAGUGGGGAUGGCGAUGUGAGUUGGGAUAAUGAUGUGAGUUGGGAUGAUGAUGAGAGCGAAUAUCGUUUUCCAAUGACAAUAUGUUUCCAUAAAAAGUGCGACAAUGUCUUAUUCAUUGCGCGCGAGAAUUUAUUUCUUGCUCGUACAACUCUAGCUACCACUACAAUGAUAGAAGAGCUCGCAAUGGUUUGUCCUGGCGAUGAUGGUUACGUGGAUGAUUAUAAAGCGUACAUUGAAAAAUAUGGAACCACCAGGAUUGAUUUUGAGAAGAAAAUGACGGAAUCAUGCAAACAAUUUCAGCAAAUAGAGGAAGCUCAUUUGAAACACAUGAAGAGUGUACUGAGUCAGUACAACACAACACAUGAAGAAAAACACAAACUUAUAGGACAGGUGCAUCAUGAUUUUCGUGAACUAUGUGACAGUUUCACAAUAGCUAAGUUGAUUCUAAUGUUUUCUGAAGCAAAAGGAACAGGACCAGAUAGACCUGGGACCAUAUCAUUUGAAGAAUGCGAUGUGUCCAAUAUACCAACUCCAGAACCAGUGCCCAGGGAAAAACUGAAAAAGAAAUUGAGGAAAACAAAGAAAAAGAAAAAUGAUAAAGACAGUGAAUCAAGUGGUGUGCCAGAUGGAGACACAUCCAUCCCAGUUUCACCGAUAUCACCCGGUGCCACCUCUCCGAUCAGUAACAACACCACUGUGAGAACCCCAGUUGUAGAUGAAGAAGGUUAUACCAUUAGGCCGCAAGAAAAUAAAAGGGACAGUUUUUAUUCAUCCUCUGAUGACGAUUCUGAUCAAGAAGAAAGGAGGAAAAUUCAUGUUGAAAUCAAGCCGGCUAUUGUAUCAGAAGGUCAAAAAAGUACUGUCGGCAAUUCAGUCGAUGAAUUGAAAGCAGCCAUUGGUGGGCUGACGCUAUCACCACAACCAAUGAUGGAGAGACCAAAUCACGAAAAAGUGACGGAAGUGGAGGCAGUGGUGUUUUAUCCUCACCAAUCACACCUAGUACUGCUAAUCCCAGUAGCACUACUACACCAGGAUCUACUGCCAGUACUGAUAUAUGGGGUAAUAGACAAUGUCAAUGAAAGCCCGCCUGCACUACCAGCUAAACAAUCCAAGCAAAUAAUCAAUUCUAACUGUACUGAGAAACCAACACUACCACCACCUAGUAAUAGCAUUGUAGCUCCACCUAGACCGCCAUCAAGAAACAAAAAAAUGGCUCCGCGAGCUAGUCCCAUACCGGAUUCCGCUAAUUCGUCGCCGCUUACCCUACCUCGUCAAGAUAGUUCCUCAUCUAUAUCGUCCAUGACGUUCACCACAUCGGCUGCACACAUCGGGAGUUCGCGUGGUCCAAGCCCGUUGACGUUAGGCAUGUCUGAUACGAUUCCUAUAGCUGCUGCAUUUACAGAGUGUGUGAAUGCUUACUUCAAAGGAAUUGACCAAACAAAAUGUAUGGUCAAGAUAACGGGCGAUAUGAUGAUGUCCUUCCCGGCCGGUAUUAUCCAAGUAUUGACGAGUAACCCAUCACCAGCAGUCUUAUCGUUUAGGAUAAAGAAUGCAAAUAAAUUGGAGCAAAUAUUACCAAACAAACAAUUAGUAUCUUUAGACGAAUCAUUAACGGUGGAUGGUAGUCAAGUUUAUGUAUUCAACAUGUCAGCUUUAGCAUCGCUAUUAAAAAGACAAUCGGAUUCUAAUAUAACCGCAUCGUAUUUUAAUGUAGAUAUUCUAAAAUACCAAGUUAAAGCAUUACCAGGAGUGGGAUCUACUCCAUUACAGUUAUGUACCUAUUGGAAAUGUGAACCAACAGUAACUGAACUUAGAAUAGAUUAUAGAUAUAAUUCAUCAUCAAUGUCAAAGCCAAUGACAUUAUCUGCUGUGCAAUUCAUAGUACCAGUAGAUGGAGGAGUCACUGUUAUGCAGUCUAAACCGCCAGCAACUUGGUCAGCUGAUAGUAAAAGAGCCUUGUGGAAACUCAGUGACAUCACUCCGACCACUGAGGGUGCCAGCUCACUACGUGCUAAAUUUGACCUAUCAGAAGGCCCCAGUAAGCCAGCAACUGUAGCGGUACAGUUUCAAAGCGAAGGCACAACUCUGUCUUUUAUAGAAAUUGAACUAGUGGGAACAUCCUAUCGGUUAUCCCUUACCAAAAAGAGAUUUUCCACUGGGAAGUACUUGUCAGACAGCUAGUCAUAAAAGGGACGACUGCAGCCAAGCAUCCAUUUUCCUCUCUCUCGAAAUGUCAAUUGGCAUCAUCUGUCUGCACAGCCCCCUCUAUAUCUUCAAGGCAUACGAACUUUAGAUCACCUCGGGUAUCCUUAGCCUUCUUUAAAAUUGAAACGUAAAAUAAAAAAAAAAAAUUUCACGCA